UUUUUGAGGUUACUUUUCCACUUUGUACACUUUCGUAACAUAGUGCUCAUCUAUUAUUUUCUUGAAGAAUUUAUGAAACCUUCUCAUAAUGCCUUCCUAUGAGUUAGCAAUGGUACUGAGACAAAUGUCCAGACCUGAAUUGGUGUCGGUACUGAAACGUACUGCCGAAUCAAUUUUAGACAAGGGCUGCAUAAUCAGGAAUCUAGAAAAUUUAGGAACGCGUGCAUUGCCACAUAAGAUCAGUGAACACGGCGUUGUGCAUCGUGAAGGCUCUUAUUUUACUAUUACAUUCGAUUCUGCGCCAACAAAAAUCAGUGAUUUUAUGGAGGAAUUCGGACGCGAUAUUGAUAUUGUGCGUCGCCGUAUUUUUAAGAUUGAAGAACCAGAAGAGUUUCAAUGCACUCUACAUGAAGAAAUGCUGCCACCGGCCUACCGCAAGGAUGUGCAGGAAAUGAUUGACAUAGCAAAACGCAAGCAAAAACCAAAGUUCAAAUACAACUCUGGUUUAGAUUACUAUCCUUUCCAAAAAUAAUAUAACCUACACACUUUUGUAAACAAAA